GCCGCCCCCCGCUCGCCCAGCAGCUCGCCCGGCUCUGCUCAGCGGCUGCUUCUGUCCGAACAGCCGAGCGAGCAGCUCUCAGAGCCGCCGCCGCCCCGGCCUCCCCGCCCGCCCGCGCCGGCCCUCCUUCACCUCGGCUCACCCAGCUGCCUGCCUGCGAGAGAAGCGUCAGCUUGCAAGCGCGGCUCGGGCAGCGAGAGGGACCCCACCGCGGGCGGCCGCCGUGAAAGUUGCCGACUCCGGCGCUCCUGCCGCCGCCCUCUUCCCCGGCUCCCGCUGGCUGCCUUGCCCAGGCCUCGAAGCUCCGGGCAGGCCGGCCCCGACCUCGGGCACCCUCGCGGGGUGCCCUGCCCGCUCCGCGCUGCACCUGCUCAGCCGGGGACUUGCUGGCCCGGACGCCGCCGCCAGAGAUGAGCCCGCUCGCCGGCCCCAGAAGCUGCCGCCGCUGCCGCCGAAGCAGCCAGCCCUGCUAGAGGAGCCCGCCCGGCCCGGCUCUCUCGCGACUCCUCCCCAGCGCCGCGCGCCUCAAGGACUCUGCCCCGCCGCCGCGCCAGCCAGGACGAGCCAAGCCGGCGCCGCCACUCUCUCCGCGGCUGCAGGCAUGGAGGUGCACGUCGGGCUGGGCAGGGUCUACGCCCGCCCGCCGGGAAAGACUUUCCGAGGAGCCUUCCAGAGCCUCUUCCAGAGCGUCCGCGAGGUUUUCCAGAGCCCCGCGCCCGGCGGGCCGCGGGAGGAGCCCGGCCCUAGUCACCAGGCGGCCGCAGCGAGCUCCGCUUCUGCCUCCGCGCCGUGCCAGUCCGGCGGCCGCCUGCAAGCCGCCAGCCCGCAGCAGCCGGGCUCUCCCUCCUACCUGCCGCUGGACGAGCAGUCGCAGGUGAGCAAAGGGCUGCAACAGCCCGAAGACGGCCGGGAAGCGCACGCAGCGGCGGCCUCCGCCGCCUCCUCUUCCUCCGUGGCCGCCCCGUCGCCGCUCGCCCUGCUGGGCUCCUCUUUCCAAGGCUGCACGGGGGACCUCAAAGACCUGCUGGGCGAGAGCAGCCUCCUGCCGCCGCCUCCGCCGCCCGAAGGUGAGCCGCCGCGUGGUGCUGCCGGCGAAGCCGCGCCGCCGCUGCCGGGCAAGGACGACUACCUGGGCGAGAGCGCCAAGGAGCUGUGCAAAGCCGUCUCCGCCUCCAUGGGCCUGGCGGUGGAGGCGCUCGACGCGCCCAGCGGCGAGCUGGUGGUGCCUCUCCGCGGCGACUGCAUGUUCGCCUUGCCCGGCGCGCACGCUCGGCCGCUGGCCGUGGGCGGCUGCAAGAUCGUCGAGGCCGAGCAGGAGGGCGUCGCGGCGGGCGAGGGCGCGCUGGCCAUGGACGUGCCGGGCAACCUGAGCCUCUACAAGAGCUCGCCGUCGGAGCUGGACGAGUCCUCGGCAGCGGCCGCCGCUGCCGCCUUCCAGAGCCGCGACUACUACAACUUCCAGCUGGCGCUCGCUGCCUCCUCGCACAGCCGCAUCAAGCUGGAGAGCCCGCUGGAGUACGCGCCCGGCGGCGUGUGGGGCGCGCAGUGCCGGCGCGCGGCGGAGAUGCCCGCCCUGGCGCCCCACUACGGCGCGCCGCCCGGCCCGGGCUGGCACCCCUUCUUCGCCGAGGACGGGCAACUCUACGGGCCGUGCGCGCCCGGCGACAGCGCUCCCCCGGGCCCCUUCGGCUACGGCAGAAGCCCCGGGCCGUCCGGCCAGGAAGGAGGCGACGGCCCCGCCGAGGUGUGGUACCCGGGGGGCGUGGUGGGCAGGAUGCCCUUCGCUCCCGGCGCCGGCUGCAUCAAGACGGAGCUGACCCCGUGGAUGGAGGGCUACGCGGGGGCCUACGGAGACAUGAGAUUGGAGUCUGCCAGGGACCAUGUUCUGCCCAUUGACUAUUACUUCCCACCCCAGAAGACCUGCCUGAUCUGCGGGGAUGAAGCUUCUGGAUGCCACUACGGAGCUCUCACCUGCGGGAGCUGCAAGGUCUUUUUCAAAAGAGCAGCUGAAGGUAAACAGAAAUACCUCUGUGCCAGCCGGAAUGACUGCACCAUUGACAAAUUCCGAAGGAAAAACUGCCCUUCGUGUCGCCUGCGAAAAUGCUAUGAAGCAGGAAUGACUCUUGGAGCCCGGAAACUGAAGAAACUGGGCAACCUGAAAAUGCAGGAGGAAGGGGAGGCGGCUGGCCCAUCCAGCCCCAAUGAGGAUCCAGCCUCCAAGAUGUCCAUGACACGCAUUGACAACCUGGAGUGUCAGCCCAUCUUCCUCAAUGUUCUGGAAGCCAUUGAGCCUGGCGUGGUUUGCGCAGGCCAUGACAACAACCAGCCCGACUCCUUCGCCACCCUUCUGACCAGCCUCAAUGAGCUCGGGGAGAGGCAGCUGGUGCAUGUGGUCAAAUGGGCAAAAGCCUUACCAGGGUUCCGUAACCUGCAUGUUGACGACCAAAUGGCAAUAAUUCAGUACUCCUGGAUGGGCCUGAUGAUUUUUGCCAUGGGAUGGAGAUCAUUCACUAACGUGAACUCCCGGAUGCUCUACUUUGCUCCAGACUUGGUCUUCAAUGAGUACCGGAUGCACAAAUCCAGAAUGUACAGCCAGUGUGUCCGGAUGCGGCACCUGUCACAAGAGUUUGGAUGGCUUCAGAUCACUCCCCAAGAAUUUCUCUGCAUGAAAGCUCUGCUGCUCUUCAGUAUUAUUCCAGUAGACGGCCUGAAGAAUCAGAAGUUCUUUGAUGAACUUCGGAUGAACUACAUAAAGGAACUUGAUCGUAUCAUCGCUUGCAAGAGAAAGAAUCCCACGUCCUGCUCCCGCCGUUUCUACCAGCUCACCAAGCUCCUGGACUCUGUGCAGCCUAUUGCCAGAGAGCUGCAUCAGUUUACAUUCGACCUCCUAGUGAAGUCCCACAUGGUCAGCGUGGACUACCCAGAAAUGAUGGCCGAGAUCAUCUCGGUGCAGGUGCCCAAGAUCCUCUCUGGGAAGGUCAAGCCAAUCUACUUCCACACCCAGUGAGGGAGAGGCGGAGGGAGGAUGCCUCCAGGCCCAGAGACCAGUCACCACUGCUGCCCUUUCAGCCGCCGCCUGCCUGUUAGCUCUGCACUACAGCACUGCAGUGCCUUGGAGAACUGUAUGCUUCAGAAAUAUACAGUCACAAACUACCUGCUGAGGUCUCUUAACCUCUUGAUGGUUCUCUCCUCGCCUUUUUCCUGGGCCAGCCUUCAAGCGGAAUGCCCUGCCUUGGCUUUGCCUCUGUUUCAAACCGCUCCUUGUGUGUCCCUCAGUGCCCCCCCCCUCGCCCUGCUUCUUCUCUCCCUCCCCCCCCCCGCAUUUCUUUUCACUUCUUUUUGGCGUUGUGGCAUGGUGGCAAUGUGGCACAGUGCCAGGCAGCACUUGUUUACAUUACUGCGCGUGUGCAUUUCCCACUGUGCCCUUUGUGACCUCGCACCACCGUGAGAAGCUUUAGAUUUCGACACAGAUACAAACAAACACACACGCACGCAUGCACAUCCCCAUCUUCUUUGCAUUGUCAUAGCUGUUGCUUAUUUUAUUCUCUUUUUUAAGAGUGGGGGGGGCGGGGAGCCCAAGAUGACCAGCAAGUUAUUAAAAUGAAAAACCAGGAAAGAAGGAAAGAACCACAUUGCAGGAGCAGGC